AAGACCGAAAUUUACAAAGUACUAGACAAACAGCCUGUAUAUGCAGUGGGGCCUGACAUUCAACAAGGAUAUUCUAUGCCAUGUCUUGCCUGCUGGGCUACUAAACCUCUUGACAUAUCAACAAUGAAAAAACUAUUAGCAUUAUUUGAUAAUGAAUUCGAAAUAAUAAACUAUAUAAAUAGAAAUGGUGCAAACAAUAUACUCUUUUUAAAAAAUAACAAUGGUGAUAAAGAUGAUAAUACUUAUAUUCAAGUCUCAUCCAUAGCAAAGACUAAACUUGAAAAAGAGUUUCAAAGUUUCAGCAUCGACACAUAUCUAUGGGCAAAUAUUAACACUAACAAGCAGAAGUUUGGGAAUUUUCUAGAGUUUGGCAUUGACUUAUUCAAUUGUGGAGUGGCUAAAAUUGAAGUACAGCAGGCAGGUUUUACUACCAGCUGCAAUAAUGUAAUCAACCAUAGUGCAAAAACAACAACAAGUAGAUGGAACAUGAAUAUAACAAACUGCACAACAAAAGGAGUAAGAUGGUUAUAUUCAUUUAAUUCUAAUGAACUUUACAAUACUAGUGGUUAUAGAAAAACUGUGAAUUUACAACAUCAUUCUGGUUGUUGGUAUACUACACAAAAUAUGAAAGGGUUUUGCAUCACUAUUGUUCAG